AUGCCUAAUGUUACAAAUCUCUCCAGAGCCGCUACUGUGUCAGCGGCCUCCGGUUCCCAACGACAGUUACUACAGCGCAGAGGCAGCUUCACCGUCGAUCGUUCAGACAGCAAAUCCUUUUCUGAUCAUUCCUUGGACAACAAACGUGUUUCCAGAGACGACCUUGCUCUCAUCCUAAAAAGCUCAAGGCAGGGCAACGUAACGGCGUUUCACAUCCCCAUCCAUGGCCGACUUCCAUCUCCCGACCUCAGCCCGCGCACUUCAUCACUAUCAACAACGACUCUAGUGCGAACCUCAACCCCGGAUUCUGUAGGAGACACUGGAGAGGUUGGAGUAAUUGCCGUUGGUAUGGCCAUAGGAAGUCCAUCACACAUGGGAGACUCAGCGCCGGCGCCUUGGAACCCGCAAAACAGGGCUAUGAAUGCAGCAGUUGAUGCACCAGAAUCCAUACAAGAAUCCGAACCUAAGCCUGCACCAGAGCCUGUUGAGGAACACGAUCAAAAGCAUCGCAAGUGGGGUAUAUUUCGUUCAAAGUCAAAACGAGGAACGAGGCCCGAGAAGCCUCAACGGUCUUUGACAGAUAGCAACGCUUCCACCACAUCAUUAAUUUCUUCUGGAUUACCAUCAUCAGUCUCGGGAGAACCAAGUUCACGAAGACCACCAAAACAUAAACCAAUUGUUAUUCGAUCUCACACUGAACCAACUAUUUCUCAACCAGCACAGGUGAUCGAAGAAUCACCACUGCCUACACAAACACCGAGCCAGGCCACUUUUUCGCCGUCAAAACUUGGGAAAGAGAAGGCUAUCAACGAAAUCAAGGCAACAAAGGAGACAAAGCCAAAAGAGCCUGGAUCUGGAGGGAUGGGUCGCAAGAUGUCACUGAGGGCCUUCCGAGGCGACUCGAGCAAGAAGAGAGCGCAAAGGGUAGCCGUGCCACCCUCCUCACCACCACCGAUGCCCGCGAUCCCUCGGUCACUACUUGAUGUCGAAAUCCCUGAUAUUAAAAUGGACCGAUAUAGUGUUAUGUUCAACAGUGUAUUGCAGCCCCAGCAAGGAUCAGCUUCCUCACUACUUGCCCGGCGACAAGCGAAUCUAGAUCACCUCAAGAUGGUCAAGGAUGCUAUUACCGAAAAUCGAGAUUUUCGUCGUCCACGGAGAGCAACCUCGCCACAGCCCUCGCCGAAUUUCGUUCCUACUGUAGAUCAGAUGAAGCCAUUGCCUUCCCCUCGCUUCCGUGCUAACACAUCUCCCGCCCCAUACGACUCAGCCAGUUUUGUACAGACGCCAGAGAUCUUGACCCACGAAGCCAAGGCUCAGGUCGUUACACUCUCACGCACAGAAGUGCAACACGACAAGUUUGCCUCACAGGCUACACACUACCAGCCUGUUUUAGUCUCCAAGUUCAACAGACGUCCCAGCGGGACGGCUGCAGAAAGAAUCAGCCUUGUUCCAAAGAUACAUCCUUCGCCCCCUAGGGCAGUCGUCUCGCCCGAAAAGUUCUCCAGACAGAACUCCCCCUACACGCCUGUCUCUGGAGCAGUACCUGUGUCUCCUGAACACACAGAUGACGAGAAGGAUGUUCAUGUUGCCAAAGGAAGAAACACAUCUCCCUCUCAAGCGUCGUGGCAAAUGGCCUCACCCCCUGCUUCGGUCACAUCAUCUAACGCGGGGGCUUCAAGGCGAUUUUCACCUUCCUCGUCCUUGUCAUCACCCAAGAAGAAGAGUCCCGACACUGACGCCCAGGAAGCCCUGCGAAAUGCUGUUGAGAUCUCUAUCGCUCGCCAGAUCAGCGUUUCUCAACAGCAGCGCAAGAUGCUGCACCCCCUGAAGAGUAACCCCAGUGUCAGGCAUAGGCGCAAUGGCAGUCCUGCUACAUCUGGGCCUGGCUAUAUCCCCAUCGAGGAGGGCGAACGCCUGGCUGAGACCAGGUCAUCUACCCCUGUCUUGGUAAACCCGCGAGAAUUGACACACUCUCCCGAUGCAUACCAGACACAUCGUAAGAGCGAGAUGGUUAUUUUCGAGGAGUCCUGA